AUGACUCGUAACAGUUCUAUAUCCAUUUUGGGUUUGCCUUUAAAAGCCGCAUUUGCCAUCUUUCCUAAUAAACAUCACAUGUAUCAUAUGAAUCAUCACAUGAUUCCAACACUCCGUCCUCCUGGAGUUUGGCUAUGCGUUUCUUGUUUAUAUGUUCAAGACGACAAUGUCACAAGAUUCGUAGUAAAUGCUUAUGCAGUGCCAUAUGAUUAUGGUUAUACCGCUGAGUGCUUAAAGAAUCCCAAUAAGCCGCAGUAUGAUGGGGGAAUCGUCGUUAACCCAGAGCUGAAUGAUGGAGACAAGGGUUGGACUUCUUUCGGCAAUGCCAAACUACAGAUUCGAAGAUCGGAAACUGGAAAUGGAUUUGCGGUGGCUUAUCGAAGGAACCAAUCGUUUGACAGCAUCUCUCAGGAGUUUUUCUUGGACCACCAAAAACUCUACACGUUUUCUGCUUGGGUGCAAAUAAGCCAUGGGGAUGCUACGGUGGUUGCUACAUUUAAAACACCAACAGGCUAUUACAAUGCUGCUGCCACCAAAGCUAUAUCUGGUUGCUGGUCCAUGCUUAAAGGUGGCCUCACCGUCAAUGACUCCGGCACUGCCCACCUCUAUUUCCAGAGCGAAAAUCCAUCGAUUGAUAUAUGGAUCGACAGCGUUUCUUUACAACCCUUCACCCAAGAGGAAUGGAAGUCUCACCACUCUCAGAGCAUUGAAAAGGUUAGGAAGAGUAAGGUCAGAAUUCAAGCAGUUGAUGGUAAAGGCAAACCCCUAGCGAAUCGAACACUGACCAUCCAACAAAAGUUUGCAAAGUUCCCAUUUGGAUGUGCCAUUAACAAGAACAUCCUAAACAACCAAGCCUACCAAAACUGGUUCACUUCAAGAUUCAAGUACACCACCUUUGAAAACGAAAUGAAAUGGUACGCCAACGAACCUAUCCAAAACUGCGAGGACUACACAGCAGCCGAUGCUAUGCUUCAGUUCACUAAAUCACACGGGGUUUCCGURAGAGGCCAUAACGUGUUCUGGGAUGACCCCAAGUAUCAACCAAGCUGGGUUCCAAAUCUCCAGCCAUCACAACUGGCGGCUGCCGCCAACAAGAGAAUAAACUCCGUGAUGAGACGAUACUCGGGCCAAGUGAUUUCAUGGGACGUWGUGAAUGAGAAUCUGCAUUUCAAUUUCUUUGAAAGCAAGCUUGGUAAGACUGCUUCUUCAAAGUUCUACACRCAGGCUAGAGCKCUCGAUAGAAAUGCGGCUUUGUUCUUGAAUGAUUAUAACACCAUCGAAAGCCCUGGUGAUACCAAGUCAUCGCCUGAUAGUUACUUGUCGAAAAUCAGAGAGACUCGAUCAGGGGGUUAUCGUGGGACCUUAUCGAUCGGCUUAGAAGGUCAUUUCAGCGGGCCAAAUAUACCAUACAUGAGAUCUGCCAUUGAUAAAGUUGCUAGUUCAAAACUGCCCAUUUGGAUCACUGAAGUAGAUGUUGGGGCUGGAUCGAAUCAGGCAGCAAUUUUGGAUCAAGUUCUAAGAGAAGCGCAUGCACAUCCAGCCGUGAAUGGGAUCAUUCUUUGGUCAGCAUGGAGUCCAAACGGCUGCUACAGAAUGUGCUUAACCGAUAGCAGUUUUCGGAACUUGCCCACCGGUGACGUCGUAGACAAGAUUAUUCGCGAAUUCUUUGGUGCAGUCGUUACAGCCACCACCGAUGCUAACGGAUUCUACGACACUUCUUUACUUCAUGGAGAUUACCAGCUUUCGUUUGCGGAAUUUGAUCGUUACCAGCCUCAUGAAAAAGAUUCGAAUUCCACAUGGAUCUCUCAUAAUUUUAAGGUUGAAGCUUCUGAUGACAUGUUGCACAUCAAAAUCUUGGCUUAAUAACUUCAUGUUUGGAUAUUAAUUGGUAGCCAAAGCAUGAAAGAAAAGGUGAAGAUAAAUGGAAGUGUUGAGUGAUUUCAGAAGUACCCUCCUUAGAUGCAAAUAUCCAACCUAUUAGAAUAACUAGACAAGGGCAUUUUAGUCUUUUUUCCUUGUAUGCUUUUGUUUCUUUUUGAUGAAUUUCUUCAGAAUCUAGUAUUCUCCUUGACUGU